GCGGGGCCGCGGGUCCGUGUCGGUGCGUGCGUGUGCGCUGCCCGCCCGCCGCGGGGGGAGAAAGGGGGGAGCCCGGCCUCCUUCCUCAUUUUGGGGCUGAGAAGAGCGAUUUCCUUCGCCAGCUGCAGUUCUGCGCUUUUUUUUCUCUUCUUUUUUUGUUUUUUUUUUCUUUGCCUUUUUUUUUUUUUUAAUUUUUUAUUUUUAAUUUGUCUUAUUUAUCAAACCCAGCCGCCGAGCCGGGCGCGGGGCCGCGCUGUGAAGCCGCGGGCUCCGCUCCCCGCACCGAUGGAGCCGCAUCCCCGGGAUCCCGGCCGCACCGCCUGGGCACUGCCCUGCCUGCUGCUGCUCGCCCUGCCCGGUGUGGGUGCCCAGACCUUCAGUCUGCACCAGCCCCAGGACAAGGUGUCAGUGGCAGCAGGGGAGACGCUCACCCUGAACUGCACUGUGUCUAGAAAGAAUGUAGUAGGUGCUGUGAGGUGGCUGAAGGGCUGGGACAGUGAGAACAAGACCAUCUAUGACCACAGAACGCCCUUAUCCUUUCCACGUGUGAUGGCAGCUGUGAGUGACUCUGACACAGACUUCAGCAUCCACAUCAGGAAUGUUACACCUGAGGACACAGGCACCUACUACUGUGUGAAGUUUACCAAGGGGCCCAGGGGUGAGGAUGUGGUGUUUCAGCGUGGCAGUGGCACAGAGGUGUCCGUGCAAGCCAAACCCAGCACCCCGAUCGUGUCUGGGCCUGAGCAGAGAGUGAGGCCGGAGCAGUCGGUGCCUUUCACCUGCACCACUGGAGGGUUCUCUCCCAAAGAAAUUGUGGUAAAAUGGUUCAAGAACAAGAACCCCAUGACAGCUCAGCAGCCCCAGAUCACAGAAUGGAGGGACAAAACCUACAAUAUAUCCAGCACCGUGAACGUGACCCUGCAGAAGGACGAUGUCCCCUCACAGGUGACCUGUGUGGUGCAGCACUCCACGCUGCCGGCCCCACUGCGUGGGAGCUUCCAGCUCAGCAGAGUCCUGCGAGUUCCCCCCAUUGUUGAGGUGCGCACUGAGCCGAGCUCUGUUGAGCUGAACACGACCGUGACCUUCACCUGCCUUGUGAAGGAGUUUUACCCACCAAACGUGUCCAUUUCCUGGCUGGAGAAUGGGAAGGAGAUGAAGGUGAAGAACGUCUCCCGGCCGUCGGAGCUCUCCGGGGGCUUGUUCCAGCUGAGAAGCUGGGUGGAGGUGCAAGCAACGGAGGAGAAAAACGGAUCCACGAUCGCCUGUGUGGUGGUGCACGAUGGCCAGGCCCCUGCCAACUCCUCAGCCUUCCUGCGGAUCUUCAACACAGCCCAGAGUGAAUGGAGCAAGGAGUCCCAGAUGCUUAAGGAUGAUAUGCUCAUCUACAUCGUGGUGGGUGUGGUCUGCACCGUGCUGGCCCUGCUGGUGGCUGCCAUUCUGUACCUCAUCCGGACGAAGCAGAUCAAGGGUAAAAGCUCGCCAUCUGCCAGGUUACAUGAGCCAGAGAAGAGCAGCGAGGCCACGACCCAGGAAUCUGACCCCAACAACCUGACCUACGCGGACCUGAACUUCGACAAGGAGAGGAAGACCAUCCGCCGGAUGGUGGAGAUGAGCCAGCAGUCGGAGUACGCCUGCAUCCAGACCAACCGGGCGCCCAACGGCGACGAAAACCUCACCUACGCCGACCUGGACAUGGUGCACCUCAGCAAGGCGCCCAAGCGGCCGGCCCCGCGCCCCGAGGAGAGCAGCUCUGAGUAUGCCAGCGUCCAGAUCACCAGGAAGUGAGUGAGCAGUGGCUGCUGGGACCCCCUGUCCUGCGGGGAGCUGCUCUGCUCCUCCCCAAGACUGUUCUCCUGGAAGCACUGGGAACAAUGUGAAGAUGCGCUGCGGUACCUGUGUUUUAGGAUGGAAAUGGAGCCUGCAAUACUUAUUCAGGUCUUCUCCCAUCCAGAGAGACAUGAUUUUUGGGGGCAGUUUGGUCCUGGGGCUGCCAGCUCCAUCUCUUUCAGGGCCCCCAUCAGGGGUUGCUUAACCUCAGUGUGCCGGGUUUGCCCGCCAGCAGAUUCAGCCAGCGGAGCAGCAGCUCCUUGGGAAGCUCCAGCUGGACUGAGGGGACAGGUACAGUGCCUCCACACCAGCUCUCAUGGGGAUGCCACUGCCUGACCCAUGGCUCCCCAGGACCAGCAGGGCCCCCACACUGCCUUCUGGGGCUCUGCCACCACGCCUGGACACCAAACUCUGGCUUUAAAGGAAGGACCGAAGCGUCCGCCCUCUCUUCCCAAGUGUCCCUUCUGCGGGACCUCUGUCUCGCCCCGAGGCCAAGAGGCUGGAAGGCCACUGAGCCGAGGCCCCCACCCUGCCGUCCAGGGGAGCUCCAGCACCGAGCAUCCUUCUCAGCAUCAUCUUCCUGUGCACAGCCUUGCCCUGCCCUGGGACCCGCCAGCGCUGCCCCAGGCUUGUACAAAGCGUGCGAGGGCCCCCCCAGCCUGGCUCCCCCCGGGAGCUCCCCGCAGGUACCGUGUAACAUGUUUUGACUGUUUGACAUGUAACUGUUAAUUUUUAGAGCUGAAACCCCCAAUGUUUUGUGUUGUACGUGGGUGUUACUGCUGUGUACUUAACACUAGAAUAAGAUGUGCAAAAUUAAGACCGAGGCCUAAGUAAAGAAUCCCCCAAACCCUCCAGAGUUUAUAAGAGACUUAUAUGCUUCCCCCACCCCAGCUCUGUCUUGGGGACCAGGCAGACCCUCCCUAGCCCACCCAUGGGGACAAAUGUCUUCCAUGUGCCCCCUACCUGGGCCACCAUAUGGAGUCUCACCCUCUGUUGGCUCCUUCAGCAGUGGAAAUUGCGGGAGGCUUGGGGGCACCUGGGGCCCUUGGGGGUGCUUUGGGAGCAAUGUGACUGCUUGUACAGACUUUUUUGGGGGGAGUUGGUUUUGUUUUUUUCUUUUUGCUUGCAAGAUAUUUUUAUAAUAAAAGUGAAAAGUCCUGUGCUGCUCCUGCA